CUUCCACACUACCUGCUCGAACAUUUGGCCAAGAGACACUUGUGCAAAGGAUUAACUAACUCCAACGAAAUUUUGCAGCAUCGAGACGCAGGUGCUGGCGGUGGCGGUCAAUCGCUAGUCUCUCCAGGUUCCUGCCUGGAGGAAUUCCGCGCCAGGCCCUUCAUCGAGUGUCGCGGUUUGGGCACGUGCAACUACUUCUCCACUGCCACAUCCUACUGGCUGGCCACCAUCAAGGACUACGAGAUGUUCCGCAAACCGCAACCACAGACUCUGAAGAUGGACCACACAUCGCGCGUGAGCCGAUGCGCCGUGUGUCUUCGGCGUCGCCUCACCGAUGAGAGGAUAGUUCGACCUUUCGUGCCAAAUGGUCAGAGGGACUCUGUUGGCAACAUUCAGUAUGCACCACCGCAUCGUUACCCUGACUAUCAGCACUACAGGAAAGCGCCCAUAGGCAAGACGAGGGGGCCCAACAGGCAGGUGCCCUACCACUAUAGGAGAAGAGGCAGUGUACGUAAACCUGAGCGAAAAACGGAGACACCGGAAGCACCUUAAGGGAUCACCGGCGCGGGUACAAUCGUGUGGAAGAGCAGCGAGUCUGUGUGUAUAUAUAUAAGAAGAUAAUCGAACCUUUAAGUUAAGUUAUCGCGUCUAUACCGUAGCCAAGGUACACGAACGGGCGCCACUCGUCUUUAAUGCCAAAAAUACGAUAACAGGGGACGACGGUCCUCUGCCAAAACUGCCAAUCGACGGCGUCUGCCACGACGCGGAUCGACAUCGGUCGAAUUAAAUUAACAAUCCUGUGUAUCAUAUUGUAUCGCUACUACUGUGUAUCAACUUCUCUAUGUACUUGCAUUCAGCCGAAUAAAAUUGUUUUAUAGAAGCUACCGGACGCUGUGCUCGGACAGCCUGAUGAUCCUCACCGUGGCGGGACGUCGGGUGUCGUGUUCAAUGGCCUCUUACGUGAACGCGUUUUCCUUUCAUUUUCUUUUUUCUUUUUUUUUUUGUUCUUUUCAUGCUUCUUUUGGGAGAAGGAACACAGCGAUGGAGGAAUGGUCUUGUAUUUAUUUGGAACUGUUGAUAGAAAGCGAGGAGAUUGAUCGUUAUAAUGGCACUGCGGUAAUUAUUAGAAAGAAGGAAUUAUCCAUUGCUAUAUAAGCGUUACUUCUUUGAUUUUGAGAAUUUGUACAGAAGAUUCUUCCUCUCGAGCUUCGUAUGGCGCAUCUGUGUUUUUCUAUGGGGUCAAGUACUUGGAAACGCGUGCAUGAAAGAAACCAUGAGGUAAAGAUUUCGCUUAACAAAUGAACGAAACUGAACUUGCUUUGUAAUCGAUAUUCUUUCAUUUCUGCUUUAAAUUUAAGAGUUCUUCUUUUAUAUUCCGUUUGUUUAAUCUGUCGCGAUAAUUGUCUAACGAUCGAGAGAAAAAUCGGUAAUCGGCGCGAUACUUGCCACGCGGGAAACUAUUAUAGAAUUUCUAUUUAAAAGUCGCAUAGUUAUAUAUACAGAGUUUAAUAAUUAUCACGCUAUGUCAAUCUUAUGCUUGAUGCAUAUUAUAGAGAAUACAGUAGAGAGAAUCAUUCUAACGGAGAAUACUGUCGCGUGUAAGGGUAAGACUACUCUAAUUUUA